GGUUGGUGAACUCUCCCCUCCAUCUUGGUACGGUCCGUUGCCUAGGUGCUAGUAGAAGCUAGUGUACUCCGCCAUGCCGACCCAAGGCGUUGAGUUUUCGCAUCACUGCGAGCCCGAGAGCUGCUAGUACACAUGGAUUACAGCGACAAUGGGACUGAUAGAGCUUGAGGUUCUGCUCUUCUUUGCCACAAAAUGGGACACCAUGUAGGAACAACUGCAGCUUGAAAUAACUAUUUUCUCAGCUGAGGAAAUGGCUUCACCAAAGUUAAUGUUGAUGGAUCAUGGAGAGUUCUUGACGGAGCUGGACCAGAUUACCAAGAGGCUUCAGGACGAUGGCUUGCCUCCAGAGGCCGCAGCGGAGGAGAGGCAGCAGCAUCUAUGGCGGCAGCUGCUGAACGCCGAGGCGAAGCUUCAGUCAGUCUCAAAGGAGCUGCAGACCUUACAUACGCAGCAAGCCAAUGAAAUGAAGGAGGUAGACAGCUACGUAGCUCACAUUCGAGCGCUGCUGGAAGAGCGCGAGUGUCUGACUGCAGAGUAUGAGAGAGACAACGAAGACUUGCGACAUGAACUUCACCAAAUCAAACAUCAACAAGAGAUCCAGAGCAAGGAGAUGGCGGAGAUGUUGUCACAGGAAGACCUGGGGGAGAUCGGCUUGAGUAGCCCCAGUGAGCAGGUGGCUUAUCUACUGGUGGAGAGGGCCACUCUGCUGGAAAGGCUGGAGGCUGCCGAGGGGAAGCUGGAAAGUCAUACCCUUGCCGUUACCAACAGCGACCAUCGGGAGCACAUCCAAAUAAAGGGAGAGAGUCUGAGGCAGCAGAGGGACGACAUGAGCAAGACCAUAGAUCACAUGACAAAGCAGUGUUCAUCCCAGAGUCCAUGGAAGAAGCUGUUUGGCCUGCGCAGGUCUGCUCAGAGCAAACACAAUAUGAGCCCUGCCCACAGCGAGGAGAUCUCCAUGGAGCGAACUGAACGACAGCGGCUGGAGCGGGACCUGGAGGAGGCGUCCAGGAGGCUGACCAUGGCUCACCAAGACAUUCGCAGACUCAACAAUGAGCUUGACGCGGCUAAGAACAACAACCAAGACCCAUGUGGAUCUGAGCUUGAGGGGACAGUCCAGGAAGUUGAGUACCUGAGGAAGGAAGUGGACAAAAUGAAACACAAUGAUAUGAUGAAGCUGCAGCGAGCUAAAGAGCAAAAUGACAGACUGGAUGCAGAGAACAGAGCUCUCAGGGAAAGAAUAAAUGUCAUUGAGUCUCAGAAGAAAAAUCUUAUGGAUCAGAUGGCAAAAUCUAAUACAGAAAAGGAAGACCUGAAUAACAAAGACACUGAAUCUGAAAACUGUCUCUCUGCUACGUCAACCCAAGAGAAGGAUCGGAUUCAUAAACGGUGUCAGGAAGCAGUAGAAGACGGACUUGUGCAGGUGAGAGAGCUGCAGCGGCAACUCCAGAGGCUACGCAAGGAGCAGGAAGAGCUGGAGGAGAGGAAUGAGGAGCUGGAGGCCCUUCUGGGGGAGGCCCAGAACGCCAGCAAAGAGGAGAGGCUUCGCCAUGAAGGAGAGGUGGAGGGGUUGCACAGAAGGAUUAGAAACCUGGAGGCGGAGCUGAGAAAGCACGACACUCAGGAAAAAGCACCAAAGAAUGGCGACGAGGUGAAGGCCGCCGAGUCCUACCUGCACGUCCACCUGAGGGACAGCUCCCAGGAGAGAAUGUCCCUGCUGGAGGCCCGGCUGACUGAGGAGAAGGAGUGGAGGAAACAGCUGGAGUUGGAUCUUACUGCUGCUCAGGCUGCCCUCAAGAAAGAUAAAGAGGCUUUGCAGAUAGGCGAGCGAGAGUUGAAGAAACUGAGACUGGAGGUCAGCGGUCUUCAGACCGAAUGCCAGCAGGGGAAAACACUCAUCAAAAGUCUGACCCAGGUCAAGGGAGAGAAGGCCGUUCUAGAAGAAAAGGUGGCCCAGAUGGAGCGCGCCCUCAGCAGACUCCAGAGUCAGCUGGAACACUACAAGGACAGUAACCAGACUCAGGGAAAAAUUAUGGAAAACAGACUCCAGGCUGAUCAGACGCAGAAGCAGGUCGACAGCCUUAACGUCGAGCUCAGCAGCCUGCAGUCUUCACAUGACAAUCUGAGGGAGGAGAUGACCUCUGAACGGCAGAAGACGGCUGAGCUCCAGGCGGAGCUGAGCGGCGCGGUGCAUCUGAAGCUCGAGGCUGAAGGGAAAAGAGAGAGAGUGGAGCUGGAAGUCCAGCGGCUCAAUCAACAGCUUCAGUGGCUUCAAGAGCAGCUGACCUCUGCAAAGGAGGCACUUCAUCGCAGCCAGAAGGCUGAAAUAGACACAGCUAAUGCAGGACCUGGGUCUGAUUUGGUAGAGAAAGUGAAGGUUGGAGGUUUGGAUCAGCUUUCAUCUUUGAAGAAGAACAUAAAGGUCUUGGAGGAUAAGCUGGAGGAGGAGCGGCAGCUGGCCUCUCAGCACCAAAUGGCUCUUCAGGCUCAGAUUAGUGAAGCCCAGGCACAUAUUAAGUUGCAAGACUCGUUGCUGAGCCAGAGAGCGGAGGAGGCGAAACAGAUGAAGCAAGACAUGCAGAGAGCCCAGAGCCUGUUCACUUCGGCCGAGAAGGAGCUGCGCUACGAGAAGGAAAAGAGCCUGGAUCUGAAGAGACACAACACUUUGCUGGAGCAGGAAAAACUCAAGCUUUGCGCUGAACUGAAGCAGGCCCAGUCCAAGCUGGCACAGGUGGAGCAGAAGCUCCAAACUCGAGACGCUGAGUGCGAGCGUCUGCAGCAAAAAGUCCGAGAACUAGAGCUGCAGCUGAUACGCAGCAGUACCAGCGGCAGCGCCACCGCCAGCCUGCAGGAGGAGCUGCAGGCCGAGAGGGAGCGGCUCAUAGCUGCUGACAAGAAGGUGUUGGAGCUCCAGCAGCAGCUAAAGAACGUCCAGCACCAGCUACGUGUCGAGGAAGCUCGAGCCGGCGAGAGCAGCCGCCUGGAGAGGGACAGCAGGGAUCUGUUUGACUCUUUGUCGGCCCUCAGGGCCCAGCAGCAGGAGGGCAUCAUCGCCAGGAAGCUUUUAGAGCAGCGGGAGGAGGAGCUGCAGCAGCAGGUGCGCUCGCUUCGGCUGAAGGAAGCUUCCCUCAACAGGACAAACACGGAGCUCAGCCACCGCGUCCAGCAGCUGGACACUCAGCUGUCCAUCCUGGACACUGAGCUCAAGAAGACAAGAGAGGAGGUAAAAACAAGCCAGAAGUCAAAACACAAACUGCAGGAAGAGCUGAUUACCAGUCAGCAGAAGUGUGAGAGGCUACAGGAGGAGCUGCAGCAGGUUCUCCUCCAACUAGAUGCACACAUCAGGAAGUACAACGAAAAGCAAAGCCAACACAAGACCAAACUGUGUCAAGCCAAGCAGAUUUUCCUGAAGGCAACGGCCCAGAGAGAUUCUACCAUCCAGAAACUGGAGAACGAUCUGGCGCUGGCCUCCAGUCUCUCCUACAAGGAAAAGGAGCGGAUCAACGUAGUGAUGCUAGAAAACGAGAAGCUUCUGGAGGAGAAGCGGGAGCUGCUGCGGAGGAUAAGUGAGGCAGAGGACAUGGGCAGCAAAGGCAUGAGGAUGGCUUCCACUGUCCAGCACAGGGCUAAUGUCUUAGAGUUGGAAAACAAACAGCUGCAGGACAGAACCCUGAAGCUCUCCAAUCAAGUCAGGUCCCUGGAGCGUGCCCUGAGGAACGUUGAGUCAUUCUACAGUAUGGAGAAUGUCAGGCGAGCGGUCCCCUCUGAUGGUUUCACAGAAGGUGUCCUGCAUUCAUCUGCUCUGAGUCUGACCUCAGGUCCCUGUGAUCACGCGGACAUCCUGAACGCGAUCUGCCGUGCGACGGUGAGCAAGCACGUGGCGCUGGACGGCACGAGGACUUCCGUCUGUACGCAGCAGCCGUCAGAGCAGGGAUACCUGAACCUCGCCUCCCCAGUGGUCACUCCAACUUCCACUAAGGGUAGAGAAGAGACUUCAGAUGGCAAAGACCAGGGGUGAGAAGCGAUGGGAGUUUAGUGAUGUCACUGCCAUACCACGUAAUCUGCUUACAAAGGGUUGUAUUUGAAAAGCAGAUUCUUGUUUGCCUCAUAAGUACUGUAUUUGUCCCAGCAGCUUACUGAAAGUGAUUUUUUAUUUUAUUUUUUUUACUAAGCCUUUAUUAAUCAAGUAUUUUUCAACAUACUCUGUUUUUAAGGACAACAGUGUCUAUUGGGAUUCUGCAUGUGAUUAUUUGGAUUGCAAACACAUGCGAAUGGUUUUCUAAAACUUUAUUAUGUUUCUUUGGUUUGUUUGCCUUUGCACACCAAAGCUUUUGAGAAUCACGUAAAGUUUGAAAGACUGAUGCUCUUUGUGAUACAACAUUAUGAGAAGCACCACACGCCAGUGCUUUUAAUGGGAAACAUAUUUUGUGAUAGUUAUUUUAAUAAUUCUAUUUGAAUUGAAGCACUUUAACAUGUUUUUUAUACAGAUGUUUACAUUCAAUAUGUUUUAGCAAUGCUGUGCAAAUUUGGUUAUGUUAAUAACUUUUCCUGGUUCGAUUUUGCAGUGUUUUGAUGCCUUAUGAUGUCUAAAGUGUUGGCUACUUUUGUACUUAACAGGAAAAAAAAAUCUAAACUGAGUGAAUUUUUAGAUGUGUGCAGGUCUGAAUGUUUCACCCAUCUUCUGUCUGAUAGAUUAUCUGAUACUUUAAAGAAAACCAAUUCUGUUCUUUUUUUUUUCUUCUUGGCCUAAUUCGAGGCUCCACUGGUUUUUUUUGUUGCUCUCAUUGUUGUCCACGUAAAAAAGAAGUUUCCUCCUGCGGUUUUAAAGCAGCGUCGCGUGGCCGUGUCUGCGCUUGUUAUCUCAAAUGUCUAGCCGUCCGUUUGAAGCGCUGAUCUCCACCAAAACAAGAUCCAGUUUGACUUUUAGCGUGAGCAGCAUCUUUUUGUCACGAGCAGAUAUGGUUACAAAAUUCAUAUUUGUAGACGCUUCCUUCAUUGUUCUUUUUUUUUUUUUUUUUUUUUAAGAAUAGAAGUUGUGAUAGCAUGAUUUCAUGCACCGCUUCCUGUCACAACACGUCACUGGCUUUUAGUCGUGACACAUUCUGAACUAAAGAGACACACCGUGAAUCUUUAUCUACUCAAACUCUGUAUAAGAAACUGCCCUUCCUGUCGCAGGACGAACAGAACAACUUAGAAAUUACUCAUCGGCAGCAUAAUCUGAAUGGAAUUUUAAAAAAAAUAAAAAUCCAACUUGCAAUGAAGGAAAUCAACAGUGACACAAUAUUUGAUCGUACUCCCAAGGUUCCAUUUUGUCAAUGGGAGAGAUUUUCUUUUAUAGCAUUGUUGCAGGUUGGAGUGCACAGAGAGAGCUGCGUCGGGUUUUGUGCCCUUUCCUGUUUACCCAAUAGGAUUUAAGUAAUGGACAAAUUUAGAUUUCUGUUGAACUAUCUCAGUGAUGUUGCUGGAAUACUCAAAGAUGACUCAUUUUCUCGUUUUGAAGCUUCUGCAUGAAAACACAGAUUUAUGCUGGGUAUUUCCUGUUAUUCCAAAACGGCUCAUGAUGCCGGCUCAUUUUACAAGGCUCCCAGAGCUUCUGGAGGAGAAACAGGCCCACAGCAUAACAGGUCCUCCACCAAACCUAAUGGGAAGCAUCUGGUGCUUUUCCACACAUUCAUCAUGAAAAAAGCAUCUUUAAAAUAAGCCUACUUAUUUUGGUUCAUAUGGAUAUUCUAAGAAGCCACUGUUUGCUUGAGUGAUCUUUGGAGAUUUAGUUUUUUUUGUAUCCUCCUCAUUAUGUCAGUGUAAAUCUCGGUCUUUGUGAAGCCCAGUGGCUAAUAGAAAUAGGAUUUGGUAGCAGGCUAUGUUAAUGCAGUUUUUUGUUUAUAAUGCUCUUAACUUAAAUGUGUAUUGUUCUACAUUUCUUGGAGAUUAUGCUCCUGCAAUAACAGCUGCAUUUUAUUUAUUUUCUUCACAUUUUCCACAGGUACCAAUAGAUGUGCCUGACACAAACAAAUGCCUUCAAUUAGCUGCACUUCAGACCCAGAUACUAGCUACUAAAGGUUUUUAAGAAACAUGAGUGCAUCACAUUUGUAUAUAUUUUCAAAACGUAAGCCACUAUUUUUAUAUUAGCUACAUUUUUACACUAAAGAAUCCGUUAUUUCCAUUGUGCCUGAAACUUUGGUGUUUCAAACGUGGGAUUUUGCUUUUUUUUGUAAGAAUUGUGGAAAUUGUUUCAACUUUUAUCGCAUUUGUAUCAGAACAUUUUUUGUUUCAAAUUUGAAAUUAUUUUUCUAAAAUAAAGA